AAAUAAAUGAUACAAAAAUGGCAGAUAAAACAGUGGAAAACAAUCUUCCCUUCCCAUGGAAUUUGGGAGUCUUCGAUGCCCACUGUCACCCCACCGAUACAAUGACAUCAAUAUCAGACAUCCCACAUAUGAAUGCAACGGCUCUGACUGUCAUGUCCACGCGUGGAGAAGACCAGGAACUGGUAGAUGAAGUGGCAAAGAGACUUGGAGAUUAUCAUCAAGAACUUAAACAAGGCAAUGGGAAAAUCGUCCCUUGCUUUGGUUGGCAUCCUUGGUUUGCCCAUCAGAUACGUGUCGAGGCAGAUGAAGAAGCCACAUCAAAAACAGAGACGACAGAAGCAAUAAAGAUACAACACUAUCGAAAUGCGCUCACAGGCUCAAUGGGAAAUGAAGAGGAGGACAAUCACUUCUUCAAUACUCUGCCAACACCAAAACCACUCUCAGUUCUACUCGAAGAGACCAAAACCCGUCUUUCGGCUCAUCCCAAUGCUCUUGUAGGCGAGGUUGGUCUUGAUAAGGCCUUUCGUCUCCCGAUGCCAUGGCAGGAAGAAGAACUUGAAUUCCGCGAUGCGGGACUUACAUCUGGUUCACGCGAAGGGCGCAAACUGUCACCUUACAGAGUCACAAUUGCGCAUCAAAAGGCGUUACUAAAGGCUCAAUUACAGCUUGCGGGUCAACUGCGUCGUGCUGUUUCAGUGCAUAGCGUGCAAGGCCAUGGAGCUGUUCUUGAAGUGUUUCAGGAGCUAUGGAAAGGUCAUGAGCGAAAGGUUGAGAGUAGUCGACAGCGGAAAAAGAGAGUCGAUGAGGAAAAGAUUGAGAGAGAAGCUGAACAGGAUGUUGAUGGUAGUGGUCAGGAGACCGAAUUAACACCGUUACCAUAUCCACCACGAAUAUGCAUGCACUCAUACUCCGGAUCUCCGGAGGCAGUGAGACAACUCUUACGCCCUUCUGUGCCAUCAGAUGUCUAUUUUUCAUUCUCGACUGUUAUAAACUUUACAGGGCCGUCUGUAAAAUGGGUUCAGACGUCUUUGGAGUCGUUGCCGGAUGAGCGUAUCCUUAUCGAAAGCGACCUACAUACUGCUGGAAAGCGAAUGGAUGAUCUUUUGGAGGAGGUUGUGAGGACAGUGUGUCGUGUGAAGGGUUGGUCUCUUGAGGACGGAACCAGAAUACUAGCGGAGAACUGGAGACGAUGUAUAUACACAGUUGCCACCCCUGAGUAUUAA